GUAAAUAAAUAAAUUAGUUACUCCUUCACAGUCUACGAAAUAAAUAUUAACCCAAAAAAGGAAGAAAAAAAAAACGUUAAUAAAAAGCAAAGGUUAAAGAAGAAAAAAGAACCAAUAGCAAGAGUGGCGCGCGGCGGACAAUAGCGAUAUUACGGCGAAAAUUCAUGCAAAACAAAGCCAUUCUUCUCCACACUCUUCCGACUCUUUCUUCCCUUUCUUUCUCUCUCUCUUUCUUUGAGUCUUUCUCACUUAAAUCCCACUCCCCCUUCCUUCUUCUUCUUCUUAUUCUUAUUUCCAUCCCAAAUAAAAUUAAUUCCAUCACAAAUUAAACACGCACACACACAGUAAAGACCCACAUUUUUCUUUUCUUUCCAAAAUUGUUAGUACAAAUUAACUCAUUUUCCGACGAUGAAUGUGAAUGUUGGCCGGCCUAACAAAAGAGUAACGUCUAACCCGAUUAGAUAUGUUAUCGGAGAGCAACGUUUGGUUUGCCUUUUCCUUGGAAUCGGCAUUGCUUCUCUCAUUUUCGCUCUGAUUCCUUCCAAAUCAUCAUUGUCUUUAUCGGGUCGGAUUAGUAGUAACAAUAAUGAUGGAUGGAUCUCUUCUGAUUCAUCAUCAUCCUCAUUGUCUGAACACCAUCUUCAACAACAAAGCGUUCCUUCUCGAAGAAUUGCUUAUGAGCUUCAAGAUGAAUCUGAUCAGCGGGGCAAUUCAGGUGCAAAGUUGCCAAUGGGGCUGAAGAGCAGGCGAUUGAGAGUUCUGGUCACUGGUGGGGCCGGGUUUGUAGGGAGCCAUCUUGUGGACCGUCUCAUGGCCCGUGGUGAUAGUGUGAUAGUUGUGGAUAAUUUCUUUACGGGGCGUAAAGACAACGUGGUCCAUCAUUUCAAGAACCCACGGUUCGAACUCAUUAGACAUGAUGUAGUUGAGCCCAUUUUACUUGAAGUGGACCAGAUCUACCACUUGGCCUGCCCGGCCUCACCGGUCCAUUACAAGUAUAACCCUGUCAAGACCAUUAAGACAAAUGUAAUGGGAACUUUGAACAUGCUUGGUUUGGCAAAGAGGGUAAACGCUCGAUUUCUGAUAACAAGCACCAGCGAGGUUUAUGGUGAUCCUUUGCAGCAUCCACAAGUUGAGACCUAUUGGGGAAACGUGAAUCCAAUUGGUGUUAGAAGUUGUUACGAUGAAGGUAAACGCGUUGCUGAGACUUUGAGUAUGGAUUAUCACCGAGGACUGAACCUUGAGGUGAGGAUUGCUAGGAUCUUUAACACCUAUGGACCACGUAUGUGCCUUGAUGAUGGACGUGUUGUUAGCAAUUUCGUUGCUCAGGCCUUAAGAAAAGAGCCAUUGACUGUUUAUGGGGAUGGGAAGCAGACCAGGAGUUUCCAAUACGUUUCUGACCUGGUUGAAGGUUUAAUGCGAUUGAUGGAAGGUGAUCAUGUUGGCCCUUUCAAUCUCGGGAACCCUGGUGAAUUCACCAUGCUCGAACUAGCUAAGGUUGUGCAAGAGACGAUCGAUCCAAAUGCUAAAAUCGAAUUCAGGCCAAACACGGAGGAUGAUCCUCACAAGAGAAAGCCGGACAUUUCUAAGGCGAAAAACCUACUUGGAUGGGAGCCAAAAGUGUCACUUAGAGAAGGACUUCCCCUCAUGGUUUCUGACUUUAGGCAACGUCUAUUUGGCGAUGACAAAAGUAGCAGUAACUCAGGUGGUUCCAUUUUUGCAGCAUAGAGACUUGAUUUGAUCGAUGACAACCUGAGAAAUUCUCAAUUAAAUUGGUAAAGAGGAAGAAAUUCUCAAUGUAGAAGAAAGAAGCCUUAGAACAAAUAUGUAGAUGCAACUGUGUUACAAUAAAUGAAGGGGAAGUGACAGAAACACCGUAGAUUUCGAUGUCAACUCCUUCCUGCAAGAAUUAAUGAUACUUGUCUUGGUUAAGGUAUUCAGGAAAAUUUUCGUAUGGCUAAAGAAUCAAACUCUAUGAAUGUUGUAAGGUCAUUUUGACAAUGUUAUGUAAUGAUUUUUUUUUUUUUUUAUAGUGUGCUAGCAUUAUUCUUAAUUCAUUAUACCGAGCUACCAACCACUUAUGUACGCAAACUCAAUAUGUGUAGAUGAGAUUUUUGUUACACAUUUUAAUUGACAUCUCUGUAUCAUUUAACUAUUGUUAGGAA